GCCGCCGCCGCGGUGCACGGUGGUGGCCAGCCGCCGGGCGCUCCUCAGUGUCGCUCAGUUCGCGGCGCGCGGUGGUCGUGCGGCGAGCGCGCGUGAUGUGUAGGAGAUGAGGCUGGCUCUGGUGUUACUGUGGCUGGGCGCGGCGGCCGCCUGCGGCCCGGGCCGUGGCUUCACCAACCGCCCGGGGCCGCGGCACCGUCUCUACCCCCUCGUCUUCCGUCAGCACGUGCCCAACAUCAGCGAGGAGAACGGCCGCGCCAGCGGCCCCCCCGAGGGCCGCAUCAUCAGAGACGAUGAAAAGUUCAAAGACUUAGUGCCUAAUUAUAAUCCGGACAUCGAUUUCAAGGAUGACGAGGGUACGGGCGCAGAUCGCCUCAUGACCCAGAGAUGCAAAGAGAAGCUAAACACGCUCGCGAUCAGCGUGAUGAACCAAUGGCCGGGCGUCCGUCUGCGGGUGAUCGAGGGCUGGGACGAGGAGGGCUCACACUGGGAGCACUCCCUCCACUACGAGGGGCGAGCCGUGGACGUGACGACGAGCGACCGCGACCGCAGCAAGUACGGCAUGCUGGCGCGGCUGGCGUACGAGGCCGGCUUCGACUGGGUGUUCUAUGAGAGCCGGUCGUACAUACACUGCUCGGUUAGGACAGAAUCGUCAAGCGGCAUGGGAGCAGGCUGUUUCCCGGGCGGCGCGGUGGUGCACACGCCGGAGGGCGCUCGAGAUAUCGGCACCCUGCGGAUAGGGGACCGAGUGCUCGCUGCCGAUGACAGCGGCAAGAUGGUGUACUCGGAGGUUGUAACAUUCAUCGACCGCGAUCCAAACGCGACUCGAAGAUUCAUAGAAGUGACAGCAGAGAACGGCGUAGCGAUCACGGCUACUCCGUCGCAUCUGCUCCUGCUGGCGGCCGCGGACGGCUGGCGGGAGGCGUUCGCGGGCGACGUGCGGCCUGGCGAUGUGCUGCUCACGCGAGGCACCGGCGGUGUCAUGCGGCCUUCGCGCGUCACGCACACCCGACCCGUCAACAAACGUGGGGUGUUCGCGCCGCUAACGAAAACGGGCACGGUCAUAGUCGACGACGCGCUAGCGUCCUGCUACGCCGUAGUCAAGAGCCACUCGCUGGCGCACGCCGCCAUGGCGCCGCUCCGCUGGACGGCGGGUUGGAGCUCCGCCGACAGCCCCCGGGGCGUCCACUGGUACGCCAGCGCGCUGUACUACGUCGGAGACGUCGUGUUACCGUCGUCGUACUCCUACCAUUGAUAUUGUUAAGUGAAAGUGGAACUUGCCGCGUCGCACGCGGGUCGUGCACCGCUCGGACGACUGUAAAUAGAACCCAGUGUAAAUACCCCGCCAUUGUAAAUAUAUUCGACUAUAAAAAUGUUCGACAACGAUUUAUAUAUGUAUCCGAUAGGAAUUAAUUUAUUAAGUAGUCUUAGGACGUAAGUUGAGAUCGCAUAGGUAUUAUUUAGUUCAAAGUUUUGAAUAUUUGUAAAUUGUGUCGGUAUUGUUAUUCUGCACAAUGCAGAAAUAAUUAAAUGUAUGCGCUUAUGUCUUUUUAAGUAUUUACCAGAUAAUUGUAAGUGAAAGAGUUAAAGAUGUAAGGUGCGGACUAAAAUAAUGUUUCGUUAGCGAUUCCGGUAAUAGUUUGGCUUGUUCAGUCGGCCGUCCGAUCAUCACUGUUAUGAUGCAGUUCUCCGACUGUCUCUUGUUAGUAAACAUUCCAUGCUUCUAAUCGUGUGGCUUGCUAACAUAGGUGGAUCGAUCACAGAUUUAAGUCUUGAAUGUGUCGUAGCAUAUUAUUUUUGCCUAUAUAUUUACAAUUACGUACUCCGUCAUAAUUUUUCGUGGAUUCCAGCAAGUUUGAUAUCCUGCGACACAAUUUUUCUUAACCGCGCCUUUAAGUUGAGAAAUCGGAAUCACUAAAAGUCCGUCUAGUUUAACAACCCAUGAAUACGCGUCCUGAGCACUAUUUGCGAAUAUGAUAGCUAUACGUUAAGUUUCAGUUUCCUUAACUUUCGAAAACUCGAGGGAAGUUGGACGUUGUUUAGUUUGUGUACAACCCAUCAUAUGCACGAACAUCAUUAGAAAAUGAGAAAAUUGUGAUCUUGGUACCUAAAACAGUGCCUUAAGAUUUAUUUAUUGUUAUUUAUAAGCUUCUUAUUUAUAAAUUGACGAUAACUAAUAGAUUUAACUAAAACCUAUCCACCUUAACUUAUUUUCGCAUGACAAAUGUUUUCCACUUUCUUUCUUAAUUUAUUUUUCUGUCGAUUCUUCAUUAAUUUAUGCCUCUCUUUCUUUUAUACACUUCUAGUUUCAAAUUAAAUGUUUGAUUGUGCCUUAUUUUAUACAUCUAACGUUUAUUGUGGUACGAGUUUUCAUGCUUGUCAAAUCUAUGAAAUAUUUAGGGAUGUAUUCUUAGCUUUAGCUUCUUUUCGUAUAAGUAAGCCGUUGCCAACUGAUGUUACAAACGCGUUGUUAACAAGUGCCGUUUGUCAAUGGCUGCAGAUCGUAUCAAAGAUCGUGAACUGAUGUUUGGGUUCCUAUAGUUUGAUUUAGUAAAAUGUUGUUCGUUGGCUGGCAACACUGUUUAGUAAUAAUGUAAACUUGCUUCCAAUUCUACUGCAGUUAAAACUUUUUUACAAUGAGUAUAAUGAUCACUGUACAGUCAACCGAAUGGAAACAUAGGCCAACAUGGAACCAUUUCAUGUAUAACCUGAUUUUUAUGCCUAAGUGACGUUAUACGCAAUACGAAGGCCUAGGCUUCCAUUUACCUGAAUGUACCUACGUGUUCAUAUUAGACAUGGCCUAAAAGGAUUUAUACAAUAGAUUUAUUCAUAGAAUAUACUUACGUAGCAGGUAAAUCUGAAAGCUUUAACUAAUAUUUUGACAAUAAUAUAAUGCCAUAAGGUUGCCAUACUAGCAGUUUAGGUUUAAAAACAGAAACUGAACUGUUCAACUGAAUGAUUUUGAAAAGCACAACAAGUUAAAUAUAAUUUAAUAUUGUGAAUAUAACAAUUAAAUAGGCACCUAGGGUAAAACCGAUCCUAAAAUGAACACUCCUUCCAUGAGUUAACCCUCACAUUUGAAUCAACGAGGUGGCGUUCGUUUUGAGUUGGUUUUACUAGGGUAAAGCUGUGGCUUAAAAACUAGGUAGGUAACUUUAUUAAGAUAUUCAAAUUAUCAAACAACUCUAUUAAAAUCUGACAAGGAAUAAUUUGAUGUUUGACAUGUUUAUAAGUGUAUGAUAUCUUUACCUAUUAUGUCAUUAUUUGGUAGACAAGUUUAGGUAAAUUUACUCGAUGUGUAUAGGAAUAAAAUACAAAAAUGUAUUGUGCUUUUUAUAUUAUUUAUUUAUUGCUGUUAUUUUGUAACAAUAUAAAAAUCUCCAAUCAA